AGCCUGCCUGCCUUCCCCCUUUGGCACCAUGGACGCCAACGCCACAUUGGACGCCAACGCCGCCGAUUCAGUAGGCAAUCAGGAGCUGCAGGUACUACAGGAUGUCGUCUAUCGCUACGUCAUGCCGGUGCUGAUCAUCACAGGUGUGCUGACCAACGUGAUCAACAUCCUGACGCUCUGGAAGAUCAAUCAACCCCAGAAGCAUCAGCAGAACCGUCAAGCUCAGACGACGACAUACCGAUACCUCUUCUGGCUGGCGAUUGCGGAUAUGCUGGCCUCCCUUUCCCUUGUGCCCGCGAUUGUGUUUCUUGAAAGGGAAGAACUGCCCUAUGGAUGGGCGUUCUACUACGCCCACUUUGAAACUCCGUUGAUGAACGGGCUGACGAGUGCCAGUGUCUACAUUGUGGUGGGGCUGUCUGUGGACCGCUACAUCGCCGUGUGCCAUCCCAGGCGCUACGUCGAGAUCAGCGCGCCUCGCUUGGCUGCCAUCAGGAUAGCAUGCUCAUUCUUGGUCCCCGUGGUAUUGUAUCUCCCGCAGGGCUUUUUCAUGGAGGUCGUGUGUGCCGCGUCCGGAGCUGGGUGGACGUACCAGUCCAACCAAACCAACGAGUCGGCAAAGGAGUACUAUGAACUGAUCGUGGAGCUGUGUCACCGCAUUUUUCCGGCCAUCAUCCUGGCUGUGCUCAAUGGCUGCAUCAUCUACACCUUCCACAAUACGACAGAGAGGCGCAACCAGAUGAGGAGCAAGCCGCUGGUGACCAUGCAGCCCAGCUCGGCCAGCAAGGGGAGCGAGGAUCAGAGCAGACGGCAUCAGGAAAAGAGACUCGUCUACCUCCUGGUGGCUAUCGUCGUGAGUUUCCUGGCGACUACUCUGCCCGCUGCAGUGCUGGCCCUCAUUGACAUAGACGGCGCCACUUACGGCUCUUUUGGCCAUGAAGUGUUUCGCGCGUUAGCCAAUUGCCUGGAGGCCUUCGGGCUGUCCCUGAACUUCGUGCUGUACUUCGUUUUCGUGAACAGUGUGCGGGAGGUGCUCAAGAACGCUGUGUGUGGCUUGGCUGCCCACGCGAAGUUCGAUAUAUUAACGGCCGUGAGAAAAGGAUCAAAUAAGGAUAUCAUUUAUAAGAAAAAAUCCAGAAGACAAAUAUUCCCGGCAACCGACCAUCGAGCGCGCACUCCAAGUCACCGACAUCUGGUGAUCGAGCUGCCUAGUUGUCCAAGAAUACAGGAUGAGAUAGCGAUUUGAGCCGUAGUUUAUAACCACGCAACGAGUAAAGCAAACCGAAUGUUGGAAAAAAAAUCUUGGUGUUUUUCCCGUUGUCCAAUCAUAAGAAGUUCAAGUGCCAGAUAUAAGGGGCAUUCCACUGUUUUCUUGUUGUUAUGCUCGAUAAACAAUGUCUAGUCGGUGUUUUAGUGAGAAACAAUAUUUAACGUCUGCCCGUAUCUGUAUAAUAAUACAUCCUUAUUCCAAUGAAUUCAGUAAUAAUAUUCAUAUGUAUAAAUGUGCUUUCAGGCUUAAAAAUUACCUUAAAUAUAUAAUGUUAUAUGUCAUCGCAUAAAGGAAUAAAUAUCGAGGCUGGAUUAUAUGUUAAGAAAUGAAUACUAUUGCGUAGUAUUAAUCAUAAUCACUUUAAGAAGUCCUAAUCCCGUAGUUUAAAUUUCCGGAAAAUCUGCCGCCAGGGACAGAGCGCAUGGACAAGACAAAUAACAGUGCUUAACAUGCUUAGGAAAUCAGUGUAACAUUUGGUGUUAUUCAUUCAGUGUUCUCUACGCCUGCUUUGCUUUCAUUCGUUUAAUGUAUUUUAAUGUAUAGUGACAUGUACCCUGGACAUAUGCUUUACGAUCCUGAUUUACAUCUGUGUUCCUUAUGAAAGGACAUAGCUCAUAUAUGGCUUUUGUAUAUAUUUGUAACUAAUGUGUUCGUAUGAUAAUCACGUGAAACGUACCGAACGAACUUAUAUCAGUGACGUCAUCUGAUUAGUCAUAUCAUCCGGAGCUAAACCGAUUAUUGAGGGAAUUUUAUCUUAUGUGUUAUGUUGUAAAUAAACGCAAACGACAUAAUCAAC